AUGAACGGUCUAAGUUUGAUAGUGAUGCUGGGACUGGCGGCCCUCGGCGGCGCUCAGCUGAGUCUCCGUCAGCCCGACUGCGACUCGGCCGAGGCGGAAGAAGCGGCGUCGGCGGCUCGGGACUACCUCAACGCCCAGCACACACACGGCUACAAAUACCAACUCAACAGGAUUGAGGACAUCAAGGUCCUCAACAAGCCCGGCGCCAACGACACGUACAUUGUCGAAUUGGACCUUCUGGAGACGGACUGCCACGUGUUGGACCCCACGCCCGUCGCCAACUGCACCGUCCGACCGAAAGCGCUGACGGCUGUGGAAGGAGACUGCGACGUGGUUCUGAAAAGGGUCGCGGGGGUUCUGACUGUCACAGCCUUCAAGUGUAAGACAGAAGAAUCAACAGAGGACCUCUGCUUGGGCUGUCCAACCCUCCUCCCGCUGAACGACACCAAAGCGCUGGAUUUUGUCCACGCUUCGCUAGCAACCUUGAACAACCAAACGGUCAACGCCACCUACUCCCUUCUUGAGGUGGGAAGGAUGUCCACACAGAUCGUCUCUGGCGGUCCCCACUAUUUGGCAGAGUAUAUUUUUACAGAGGCUAACUGCACGAAUGACGUCUGCGUGCCACUGAAUGACAUCAUGGCCCCUCGUGGUAUUUGCACAGCAAAAGGUCUGGGAGGUGCUCACACACUUGACUGCAAGUUGUUUUCCACCAUGGUACCUCCUCAAGACGCCAACAGCACCGGGGCUUCUCCCUUCUUUCCCAAGUUCCACGUGCACACACAAAACUUGACGAGAAGCCACGGGUUGAGACACCACAAGCUGACCUCCCUCCACGACCCGCACCUGACCGGACUUUUGUCCUCCGAAUCGGAAUCUGCCGAAGUGGUGUCGGUAGCGACCCCCGCGGUGUUGAACACUACGUCAUCCGCCUCCUCGACAUCAGCCGCCACCUCGACAUCAGCCACCGCCUCGACGUCAUCCGCCGUGUCGACGAGCGACGAGGUUCCCGUCGCAGUGGUUAAAAGAGAUGUACCCGCCGGACCCGCCACUGUAACAGAUGCAGUUUUAUUGGUACCGCCGUGCCCAGGAAGGCGCAGAUUCUUUUAA